UAUACUAUCGCGGAAUUGGCUAGAUUGACUAACAAACCCGAAAGUUUAGUCAAUAAACUAAAAAAAAAUGCUUUCCAACGCUUACAAGAAGAAGUUCAAAAAGAGAGAAAUGAAAAAUCUUUUCGUUCUUUGCUGGCUUAA